AUGAGACAAUACCACAGACAAUGUACACAGACAUCAUCCACAGCCAACACAGCCAACACAGACAACACAGCCAACACAGCCAACACAGCCAACACAGCCAACACAGACAACACAGCCAACACAGCCAACACAGACAAUACAGCCAACACAGCCAACACAGACAACACAGCCAACACAGACAACACAGCCAACACAGACAACACAGCCAACACAGCCAACACAGCCAACACAGCCAACACAGACAACACAGCCAACACAGCCAACACAGCCAACACAGACAAUACAGCCAACACAGACAACACAGCCAACACAGCCAACACAGCCAACACAGACAACACAGACAACACAGCCAACACAGCCAACACAGACAACACAGCCAACACAGCCAACACAGACAACACAGACAACUCAUAA